CAAAAACAAGGUGGUGGUCGAGACGGUACGUCCACACACUCUAAUCAAAAGCAAAGGAUGAAGGAAACAGUUAAGAUUUUACAUGUUUUGGGUUCACCCUCGGAUGAAUUCAGCUUCAAGAUAAAUAUGCUGUAUGGAGGUUCGUUUCCCGAAGAAAUGCAAUCUCCAAAACAUGAUUACUGUUUUGGUUACGCGCUCGUACGACCAACUGGUUCCUGGUCAUUUGCGGAAAGACUGUCUGAUAUUGUGGAUCUGAAAAAAUUGGAGGAAACGGAAAACAGUGUCAAGAAGAUGGACAUCACCGCCGCCUUGCAGCACAUAAAACACGUGAUACAGCCAGAUAUGGCUUUAGUCCAUUUCGUUUGUUUGAAAGGAAUAACAACUUACAGGGCACUCUUUGAUGCAUUGAAUAUUCCAUUAAUGGCCGGAUCAGUGGAGUCGCGAUAUCUCGCCAUGGACAAACUCAUUACACGCAGUGUUUUAGUCUCUUACGGCAAUGUUUCAUGCCCUGAUGGAUUUAUUUACAACAAAGGUGACAUUCUACAGUCUGAACAAGUGAAGUAUCCAUGUGUUGUUAAAGCAAGUAAAGGAGAAGACACCAAAGCAGUUCGAUUAGUGAAAGACUCAGAGUUUCUCAACGCAGCUAUUGAGCAUGCGUUAUCGUAUUCAGAUCAUGUGAUCAUUGAAAGGUACAUAGAGGGACGGGAAAUUCGCUGCGCUGUUGUUGAAUCAACAACAACUGGAGAAUUAAAAGCGUUGUCGUGUUUGGAGUACAAAGUACGAGAAAAUGACAUUCGAAGAACUGAAGACAAGUACAUCUGCAAUGAAAAAGGAUUGCCUGUUUCCAAACCUCCAGAAGCUAAAACAUGGUUUCUCGAUCCCACAAAAGAAGAGAAGCUGAUACAUCGCAUUCAACAACAAAGUUGCCGAGCGUUUCGAGAGUUAGGUUUACAAGAUUUUGGUUUAUUCGACUUCCGAGUAGACCUUGAAGGAAAUCCAUUCCUUCUAGAAUGCAACUUAUUCUGUUCCUUUGGUCCACAGAGUGUUGUCAAUAUAAUCGCCAAGGAGUCAGGUUUUACAGAUGAAAGUUUGUUUGACAUGAUGGUGGAGAAUACUUUGCUGCGCAAGCGUAAACAGGAGAAUAACAAUGUUAAUCUGUGAUAAAGUCAACGAAAUCACAACACUAACAAAAUGCAAGCUAGCGUUGUUAUGUAAAUCACUCCAUUUUCCCUUAAGAAAUUGCGUAUAAAAGAGUGGGGAGUUUGA